AAUGGACUAGGCAGUUAGGAUUACAGGUACUACUUACCAAUUUGCUUUCCAGAGUAUGCAGACGCCUUCCUCCCAGUUUAUGCCCUGCAGGGCAAGGGGGUGUGGUUCCGCUAUUGGUGUAUUCUCAGAAUUAGUGGAGGAGUAAUGGGGAGAGAGGCAGAGGAGAAGUUUGUUAUCUCUGGAACCUAGAGACAGUGAUCCUAAACACAAACUGGAGAAUAUUCUACCAACAGAACCCUGAAUGACAGAUAAUAUUGGGAUCUCUCCAUUUGGUGUUGACCUGUCCACCAAGUAUUCAUUUGCUGCCAUUGUCUCUUGAUUGUCUUAAUUUUUCAUGUUUGUCUGUAGGCCUGCUUUAGAGCUGGUCAGUUCUGUAAGGAAGGAAAAGAGGAAGAUACUGGCUCAAACCUCUGGAGGUUGGUAUGCAGGGGGGAAAUGUCUGGGAACGGCUAGAGAAUGAGAUCAUUUUCCAAGCAGAUGUAAGGUGUCCUCCACUUCUCUAUUUUCUGUCACAUUUCCAUACUGUCACAGCAUCCGUAUAGGGAAUAUUAGAUAUAUUGGGGCUGUAACUGGGAGGAGCAGAUCUAAGAACAGGGACUAAGGAGAUUUGGCACAUUAGACAAGUUGGACCCUUCAAUGGAAAGGGAGGUAUUUGUGUUAGGGGCCAUGGUCCAUGCCUGUUUACCAAGUACUCAGACUCCAUUUUUUCCUGUUUGUUUACUUGUGCACAGGACUGCUGACAGGUCUGCUGUAGGGCUUGACACCACUGAAAGCAAGGAAACCAACCGAACUAAAGGAGGGGGAAAUCACACCAGCCAGAUUGGUGCAGGUUGGUAUGGGAGUGGGUAGAGUUUUGGGGUGGGUCCUUUAGUCGUUAGGGUCCAGUCCAGGGGCUCCUUGGCCUCUCUCGUUGAUAUCCCACUUUUUACCACUCCCUCGCCUGUUUUGUAGUAAGCAUAGUAGUGUGACGGCUCUGGGAGUAAGGAGCACGGGUGAAAUGAGGAGAUAGAGAAACUGUUUCAGAUAGUCUAGCUGUCCCAUCAAGCAUUCAAGGUCCAGUCUCCCUGUGUGAGUAUCUGCAUGGGGUGGCACAAUUGGAAGAGACUUGAAGGCCCAUUUCCUUUGUUUCUCCCUAGAUCUACUUCCAGUGGCAUCUCUGGUGGUGCUGGAGUUGCUGCUGAUCGCCAUCUUUAACAGGUCUGCACCUACCCAGGAACCAUCCAUCCUCCCCUAGCUCGGUUGUACCUCUUCUGCACGUUGUAUUAUUGGCAGAGGCUGUAUUUGUGAAGGAGGUUGAUUGACUACUGGAGCGCAGAUUGAUUUAAUUCUCGUUUCCAAGCUUAUAGCCUGAGUCACGCAAAGACCAUAGUGUGAAGAUACAAACCUGUGACAGAUCUGUGGUUGAGGCUGAGACUGGGUAGGGGUACAUAACUGGGCCCUCUGUGUAACUGGGACCAUGACUGGGGCUGAGAUUGAGCCUUGCACACAGGCCAAGUCUGAAAAGAAGGCUGGUGAAGAGGUUGGGAGUGGGGCUGAGAGGGAGACUGAAGUUCCUCUGGUGGUCAGACCCAAGGUUAGAACCCAGGCCCAGGUAAUGACUGGGGCACAGCCCAAAACGAAAGCCAAAGCAAUGACUGGAGCAUGGCCCAGAAGUGAGGCCCAGGCAAUAUCUGGAGCACGACCCAAAACUGAGGCCAUGGCAGUAGCUGGGGCACGGCCCAAAACCGAGGCCAAGGCAAUGGCUGGGGCACGGCCCAAAUCUGAGGCCAAGGCAGUGGCUGGGGCACGGCCCAAAUCUGAGGCCAAGGCAGUGGCUGGGGCAUGGCCCAAAACUGAGGCCAUGGCAAUAGCUGGGGCAUGGCCCAAAACUGAGGCCAUGGCAAUAGCUGGGGCAUGGCCCAAAACAGAAGUCAUAGCAACAGCAGGGGCAUGGCGCAAAACUGAGGGCCUGGCAAUGGGUGGGGCACGGCCUAAGACUGAGUCCAAGGCAGUGGCUGGGGCAAGGCCCAAGGAUGAAGCCCAGGCAUGGGCCCAGACUGAAUUUGGGGCUGAGGCAAUGUCCGAGACAGAGGAAGUGACUCAAACUAAUGCCAUAGCCUGGCCACUGGUCAGUACCGAGUCUCGGUUAGUUGCUAAAACUAAGGCACUGUCUAUGGAUAGGGAACUGGUUGAUGUGGAGGAUGACGCCUUAUCUGGCACAAAUGCACAAGCCGGAGUCCAGCCCUGGUUUGGGCCAGGGGAGGAGAGUAAUAUGGGGUCUUGGUGCUAUCCCAGGCCCAGGGCCAAACAAGAGGCCUCAGAUGAGUCUGGAUUUUGGUCAGCAGAUGAGACCUCUACAAUGUCUCCUUUCUGGGCGGGGGAAGAGACCAGUAUCAGAUCAUGGCCCAAGGAAGAGGCCAGUUCUAGGUCCAGGCACAGGGCUAAACAACAGACCAAUACCCGGUCCAGGCCCAGGAUGAAGCAAGGACCCUGUAUUGAUUCUAGGUCUGGGUCUGAGGAUGAGGCUGGCAAUCUUUACAGCCUCUGGGCUGGAGAAAAUACCAAUAUUCUAUCUAGGCCCAGAGCCAGGGAGGAGGCAAAUAUCAGGUCCAAGCUUAGGACAAAGAGAGAGGAUUGUUUUGAGUCUGGGUCUGAAGAUGAAUUCUAUAAGGAAUUCUGGUUUUUGCCUGAAGAGGCCAAUAGCAGAUUCAGGCCAAGAGACAGGAAAGAGCCUAAUACCAGUUUGAAGCCCAGGGCCCAGAAAGAUGCUAAUAACAGGGAUAGGGUCAAACAAGAGCCCAGGUCUGAGGAGGAGGUCAUUAUUGGUUCCUGGUUCUGGGCAGAAAAAGAGGCCAGUAUGGGGGCUGGGGCUGUGGCCAGCUAUGAAUCCAUGCCAGGGGCUGGGGAGGGGGCUAUUUUGGGAUCUUUGUUGUGGACCGAGGAUGAGGCCACUGCGGGGGCUGGGGCCAGAGAGAUGGCCAGGCCAGAGUCUGAAGAGGCCAUAUUUGGGUCCUGGUUUUGGGACAGAGAUGAAGCCUGCUUUGACCUAAAUCCCAGCCCUGUGUAUAAGGCCAGUUGCCGGUUCAGUGGUUUAGCUGAGCAGGAAAUUAAUGUAUUAUCCAGGCCCAAAAGCUGGGAAGAGGUCAAUGUUGAAUUCAAACCUGUUCCUUGUCAUGGGCUUGGUUUCCCAUCCAUAAGCCCCUUUAAGAUUCCUGAAGAAGCAAUAGCUGAACUCUCUGAAAUGACUGAGGGAAACCUCAAGCAAAUAGAACAGAACCCAGAAGGGGAAGAGCAGGAAUCUUUGCUUCAGCCCAAUCAGAAUGAGCCUGAUCCUGUGUUCCCAUUUCAGUAUGAGCCUUCCUACCUUUCAGUCGAGGAAAUUCGACAGCAUCUUAAGGCCAAGGAGUGUGCAGAGCCUGGGAGUUGGUUGUGCAAGUGCGUACAGUGUGAGCUUAGAAUCGGUUCUGAAGAGUUCGAAGAACUCCUUUUAUUAAUGGAUAAAAUUCAGGAUCCUUUUAUUCAGGAAAUAUCCAAAAUUGCCAUGGGUACGAAAAGUGCUUCUCAAUGUACCCGAGAUUUCAUUCGAGACUCAGGUGUUGUCUCACUUAUUGAAACCUUGCUGAAUUAUCCCUCCUCUCGAGAUAGGUCAAGGUUUUUAGAAAACCUGAUUCAUAUGGCUCCACCUCAUCCAAAUCGAAACAUGAUUGAGACAUUCAUAUGUCAGGUUUGUGAGGAGACCCUUGUUCGUAACUUGGAUUCCCCUGAGCAGCUGUCUGGAAUAAAAAUAGUUAGAGACCUCACUGCUACUACUGACUAUCACACACUGGUGGCCAGUUACAUAUCAGGGUUUCUUAGCUUAUUAGGUACAGGCAAUAGGAAAACGAGAUUUCACAUUCUGAAAGUGUUACUGAAUUUGUCUGAAAAUCCUAACGUGGCAAAAAAAGUAUUCAGUGCUAAAGCCCUAUCAAUAUUUGUAGGCCUCUUUAAUGUAAAAGAGACAAAUGAUAAUAUCAAAAUUGUUAUUAAGAUGUUUCAGAAUAUGAGUAAUAAUAUAAAAAAGGGAGUAAUGUGCUCAAUUGAUGAUGAUGAGUUCAGUCUUGAACCACUUGUUUCAGCAUUUCAUGAAUUGGAGGCAUUAGCUAAGGAAUUAGAAGCCCAAAUAAACAGUCGAAAAGGUCGUAGGGUGGGAAAACGAAGUUAGUACGGUAAACCACCUGCCUCUGAUCAGCCUUAUGGUUCCAAAGAACCCGGAGCAGUGCUUUGGUUUUCAGUCUGGUUUGAUGUUGUAACUUGUUUUUAAUGCUGAUGUUAACGUCAUACAAUUCUUGGUUUGAGCUGGAUCAUUUCAUGGAUGCCAAAUGAAUAUUAGAACUGAAAACGCAUUUGUUGAUAGUUGUCUUGUUCAGAUUGCAGUAUUUUUUAGUACUGAGCUUCCAAUGAACUGUGUCACCUAAGUAAGUUCCCCUUGUCUGUCAUUUUAAUAUAUGAUUCUCUAUUUGAGUCUAGUUGUGUUUUCAAUAAAGUUACGUGUUAAAGCCAGCAGAAAUGAGCCACCUUCUUCAGCUUAAAAACCAGGUGCGGAGACAUUGUGCACACAU